UUUCAUCUAAGCUUUGUUUCCUUUUAGCAUAUACCAAAAUAAAGAAAGCCAAGAACCAUCCUCACUCACUCACCUACGUACAUCAAACCAAACCCUUAAUCUAAUUGCAUUCUUGCAAUGGAAUCUGAAUUCUCUGUGGAAUUACAAUCCGAAACAUUUAAGGUCCUAAGUUCCAACGACGACACCGCCAUGGAAACACUCUUCUCUCAUCUUUACCCUAACCCUCCUCAAAACCAAAACCAACAACAACAAAAAUCUCAAGCACUCACAUUUCUCCAAUGUUGUAAAUACCACCACCCCGAUCUCCUCAUGAUCAAGCUCUUUUUUCUUCUAACAUCCAGUCCCGAAACCUACACGCGCACAAAUGCCGCACGCGCUCUUCUUUUCGUCCAACCGUCACAACUCUGGCCCAAAUUACGUCCCCAGGCCCAAUCACGCCUACAGGCCCAUUUCAUAAACUAUCUAACCGAAGAAACUUCAACCCACGUCCUUAGACUCGCGUCACUCAUCCUUUCUCAAACCGUUUCCGUUAUUUAUCAAUCCCAUCAACAAUGGCACGAAAUCCUCGAUUUCCUUCUCAACUCCGUUAAUUCAAACGACGAAAAAAUUCGCGAAUUCGCGCUUCUAGUCUUCUCAUCACUCUCAAACGACUGUCGUUUAAUAAUUUACAAAACUCUAACCGACAAAGUUCGAUUUCUUCACUCGUCGUUUUUAUCUUCUCUCUCUUCUCGUAACCCUGACGUUCAAGUAGCGUCGUUUAGAGCAGUUGUGAGUUUAAUCCGUUUGUUUUCCGAUCCACCGCUUUUUCACGAACUUCUAAGAGCGAUGAUGGUUGGCGUUUUUGCACUGUUACAUAGCUUCGAAAGAAGCUAUUUCAAAAACGCGUUUGCGGAGUUGGUUAAGCUUGUUUCUUGUGAGCCUGUUCUGUUGAAGCCUUACUUGAGUGAUAUGGUUCUCGAUGCACUACAAAUCGCGGAGAAUAACGGCGUUAGAGAUGAAACGCAUCGUUUGGCUUUUGAAUUGGUUCUCGCGAUGACCGAGUUGAAGGAAUGUGAGCAGACGCUGGUUAAUCUUCCGUAUGAGACGGUGGUUAGGUUAUUUAUUGUUCCAAUGAAGACGCUAGUUUUGUCCGUUAAAGAUGACGGUAACGGUAACAAUGAAUUGGAAGAAGAAAAAGGAGGAGAUGAUGAUGAUGAUGAUGUGUAUGAAUUUGGAAUAAAGUGUUUGAAGAAGCUUUGUGUUGGACUUGGAGGGAGUAAAGUUGUGGCUGUUGCUUAUGAAAUGUUGUCGAAUUACUUGGAGUCCACAGAUUGGAAAACGAGACAUGCAGGAAUUACAUUGCUCACUGUCAUUGCCAAAGAGUACUCUGACGAAAUGGUAUUGAUGGAAAAUUUUCUAGCAGAAAUGGUAAACAAAAUUUUGAAGUUAUUCCAAGACUCCCAUGUUCAAGUUCGGUUGGCAGCUUUUAGUUUGAUGGAGAUGCCUAUAGGCUUUGUCCAAGUAGCACAAAUUCUUUAUCAUCAUAGGUUUGUGCAGGCUUUUCCCAUUGCACUUGGCAGUGAUCAGGACAACAAAGUGAAGGAACAAGCUGCCUCAGCAAUGUUAUUCUUUUUAAAGAACACUGUUCCAGAAAGCUUAGCAUCGUACCAGGAUGCGAAUACUGUAAUAAGCAAAUUGUUAUCAAUACUUCAGGAUAAAGGAAGUGAUAAGCAAAGAAGUAUUGCUUUGUCAACUUUUAACAUAGUUGCACAACGUUGUCAUGAAGUAGCUCACAAGCAUUUUGCAAAUUAUCUUCCNNUCUUACUGGAAGCAUGCAGUGACAAAAAUUCUAAAAUAAAAAAGGAGGCAGCACGGGGAAUUCGAAUUUGUGCUGAGUUUGGAACACCGCAUUUCAAGCCUUUUAUCAGUAUUAUACUAUCGGAACUCGGUAAUUUAAUGAAAGAUCCAAAUCGAUCAAUUUCAGAGAAUGCAAAAGCAUGUGAUGUUGCAGUUUCUGCUCUUGGAAGAAUUUGUGAAUUCCAUCGUGAUACCAUUGAUGGCUCUACGAUUGUUCCUGCCUGGCUAAGUUUCUUGCCACUUAAAGAAGAUUUGGUUGAAGCCAAAAUUAUGCAUGAACAGCUCUGUUUGAUGGUUGCAAGAUUAGAUAAGGAUCUUUUAGGAGCCGGUAAUCAAAACCUUGUUAAGAUUAUUGCAGUGUUUCUUGAAGUUAUUGAAAAUGGUGACAAAUUGGCUACAGCACAAACAAUCAACCACAUGAAUAAUUUGCUGAGACAAAUUGGGCAAAACAUUCCUCCCAGUGCGUUUGACACAAUUUUACUGUCAUUGAAUCCUCAACAAAGGGAAUUACUACUGCCAUUUAUACCAUCAUUCUAGUACUAUAAUUAAUGUGUAUAAUACAAAACAGGGCUUGUGUUUGUUAGUGUUGAGAAAAUCUGAGACAUUGAGAUUUUAGGAUGUACACUUGUAGUAUUUUCUGAUAUAUUAUUUUAAUUUAUGUAUUAUGUAGUUGUUAAGGUUUCUUAUUACUAAAGUAUUGUGUGACCAAGUCUUGUUGUAGUGUAUUCAAACUUUGUAAUCAUGGUUAGGUAGAAGGUCACCAUGUUGUUUUUACUGUUAUAACUUAUCUGUUUUUUAAGUUAUAUAUUUUGAAUCAGAAA